AUGGGUCGCGUCGUUAUUCUCGCCGUUGCUGCGGUCGUCGUCGUCGUCGGUUCGCUCUGCUCGUCGUAUCCAGUCGCUGCAUCUUCCACUGACGGGGGUCCCAUGACGGGAGGCGGAGAUGGGGGGCGCCCUACGGGAGGCUGGUCCGUCGUGGCGGACGCAGCCACGGAUAAACACGUGCAGGAGCUGGCCAGGUUCGCCGUCAAAACGUACAACAGUAAGAAGAACAAGUAUCUCCAGUUUGCGUCCGUCACGUCUGCAUCGUUCCAAGCGGUGGCUGGCCGCAAGUGGAGAAUCAACCUGCUCAUCUACAUAGGCCGAUCGCUGCUGACUACCGAAUACCAGGCGGAGAUUUACGAAAGGCCAUGGGAGGGCGUUACCAAGCUGCAUUCUUUCAAGAAGGUGACUUCCUCUGCACCUAGCAACCCAGCGGUGCAGAAUGCUCCGCUUCGGAGGAGGCGUUUAUUGCAAGUUACAAGGCUCUCCCCUGCUGCGAACACGUUAUUCACAAUGAACAUCAUGGAUGCACUUAUGCAGGAUGUGGAUUAUUCUAGGCUUUCAGGGCAUGUUUGGCUGUGUGAUGUGUUUGGUAUGCUGUGUAACAAGUAG